AUGCAUCUUGUUGAUGCGGAUGGAUAUAAGGGUGGCCUUUGGUGCCUCUGGUCGGACAGGUUUAAGCAGGUGGAGGUCUUAGAACAUGGAGAGCAAUUCAUCCACUUACAAAUUGAAAGCAUUGACCACAAAACCUGGGAAAUGACGUGUGUUUAUGCAAGCCCUCGACCCUCACAGCGGCGGGCUUUGUGGCAAUCGUUGACAGACUUAGCUGGUAGAAUACAAGGGCCUUGGUGCGUUGGAGGGGACCUUAAUGCUACAUUACUGUCAACGGAGAGACAGUCUGCAAGAGAGACUAGAGAACCUGACCGAGACUUCUACCGCUUCAUUGAUUCGGUUAGCCUCACGGACCUGGGAUUCAUAGGACCUCCAUUCACGUGGAAAAGCAUAGGCAAUACAAGUCGCAUAGACUGGGUCUUGGGGUCAGAAAGAUGGCUUGUCGCAACCACGCACAGGUACAUGCCCAUUUUGCUUCCUCGCAGCUUGGAGGCAAAUUACGGUCUAACUGAGAAACUUGAGAAACUCCAACAGCAGCUGUGGCAGGAACUUGAAAAAGCACUUUUACAAGAGUCACUAAUAUGGGCACAAAAAGCUAGAAGUGAAUGGCAAAUAAACAGGGAUAAAAACACUCGCUAUUACCACACACGAGCCAAUGGACACAGAAGACGUAAUUUUAUAGGGGCACUAAAAGACGAUUCAAAUGCAUGGAUAUACGACCCAAAACUUAUUCACGCUCGAGUGUUGUCCUUCUUCACAACCUUGUACGAGGAAGAGGAGACACACCGUGUCCAGCUUCAGUGCAGCGUCGUUUUUCCUCCCAUCGAUACUGGAGAAUUGAAUAGGAUGGGUUGUGAAAUCUCCGAUAUUGAAAUAAAGGAUGCCAUAUUUCAUAUGGGAGCAUUAAAGGCGCCAGGACCGGACAUUUUGAAUGCAUUAUUUUACCAAAGCCAGUGGGCCCAUGUGGGAAAGUCUGUGUGUGACCUGAUCCAAAAACUCUGGCGAUAA